AUGUCUGAUCCCAAUUCCUACGGUCUUCCGGGUGAUGAGUCUAGGCUCAAAAGGCCUUCCAACGAAUCAGCUGUAUCUAAUACCAUGGACGACUUUUUUGGUGCUCCGCUGUCCAGCCGCAGUGUACCUCAGGAUGGCGGCGAGCCUUCCCGUGACUUUUCACAGCCCUUCGCAUACGAUGAUGAGAUGUUACCAAGUUCCACGUUAGCCUCCAAUGAAUCUGUUGAUGAAAACGCACCAAGCUCCAGCCCCCCGGAAGAAGUCACAACGGCUGCCUCGCGCCCUCGUCUUUUGCGUCCCUCUGUUUCCAGAUUGUCCUCCAAUAAAUCUGUGGCAUCCAUUUCUACGGAUGGUACUCUCCAACUUGAACCUGGUGAUCAAGUUAUACUAAGCUUCGGCUCGCUCAAACAGGUCAUAUUAAUCGAACCACCUGGUGCCACAGUCAGAGUACGCAAGUUCAAAGCUAACAUACUCCUAGACCGUCAAGAACGUGCGAUAGCUGCUUUACUCACCCGUUUCAAGAACCUGGUUGUACUCGCUGCGUUACCUACUGAAGAUGCUUUUGCAAAGGAGACUGCUGCUGCGGAGGGAUUAAGAAUGGAGGUUGAGAGCAAUGCUUUAACAAGUGCAGCAGAGGACCUAUUGAAAUUGACUCGAGAAUUGAAGGAACUAUGGAUUUUUGGGGCAUUGAGAGAAAUUGGUGAAGGAGAAGGUGAUGGAGAAAUGGAGGCUGAUUCGAAGAAGGUUGCGGAAUUGAUCGAGAAACAAUUGGAGAAAAAGCAUGAGCAAGAGAAACACAAGGCAUGA